GCCGGUGGGCGGGCCCUUCCGUGGGCGGGGCCGCGGGGCUUUGUGGAGCCGGAGCAAGGGCGCAGCUUCUGCGGCCGGGAGUAGCCAGACGAGGCGCUGGCGGCGCGGGGAGGCGUCCCAGAGGUAAACAAAAAGCCGUUUCUCCUGAUUCACCAAAAAGUAAAAUACUGACUGCCAUCACUGUGAUGAGAUUCCUAUAGUCUCAGGAACUGAAGUCUUUAAAUAACCAGGGGACCCUCUGCCCCUAGAAUAAGAACACAUUAGAAGUCCCUUCUGCUAGGACAAGGAGGAUCAUGGGAGACCACCUGGACCUUCUUCUAGGAGUGGUGCUUGUGGCCACUCCUGUGUUUGGAUUUCCUUCCUGCUCCUUUGAUGGCCGAAUAGCCUUUUAUCGUUUCUGCAACCUCACCCAGGUCCCCCAGGUCCUCAACACCACUGAGAGGCUCCUGCUGAGCUUCAACUAUAUCCGGACAGUCACUGUUUCAUCCUUCCCCUUUCUGGAACAGCUGCAGCUGCUGGAGCUCGGGAACCAGUAUACCCCCUUGACUAUUGACAAGGAGGCCUUCAGAAACCUGCCCAACCUUAGAAUCUUGGACCUGGGAAGUAGUCAGAUAUACUUCUUGCAUCCAGAUGCUUUUCAGGGACUGUUCCAUCUGUUUGAACUUAGACUGUAUUUCUGUGGUCUCUCCGAUGCUGUAUUGAAAGAUGGUUAUUUCAGAAAUUUAAAGUCUUUAACUCGCUUGGAUCUAUCAAAAAAUCAGAUUCGUAGCCUUUACCUUCAUCCUUCAUUUGGGAAGCUGAAUUCCUUGAAGUCCAUAGAUUUUUCCUCCAACCAAAUAUUUCUUGUAUGUGAACAUGAGCUCGAGCCCCUCCAAGGGAAAACGCUCUCCUUUUUCAGCCUCGCAGCUAAUAACUUGUAUAGCAGAGUCUCAGUGGACUGGGGAAAAUGUAUGAACCCGUUCAGAAACAUGGUGCUGGAGACACUAGAUGUUUCUGGAAAUGGCUGGACAGUGGAUAUCACAGGAAACUUUAGCAAUGCCAUCAGCAAAAGCCAGGCCUUCUCUUUGAUUCUUGCCCACCACAUCAUGGGUGCCGGGUUUGGCUUCCAUAACAUCAAAGAUCCUGACCAGAACACAUUUGCUGGCCUGGCCAGAAGUUCAGUGAGACACCUGGACCUUUCACAUGGGUUUAUCUUCUCCCUGAACUCCCGAGUCUUUGAGACACUCCAGGAUUUGCAGGUUCUGAACCUUGCCUACAACAAGAUAAAUAAGAUUGUGGUUGAAGCAUUUUACGGACUUGACAACCUCCAAGUUCUCAAUUUGUCGUAUAACCUUCUGGGGGAACUUUACAGUUCGAAUUUCUAUGGACUACCUAAGGUAGCCUACAUUGAUUUGCAAAAGAAUCACAUUGGAAUAAUUCAAGACCAAACAUUCAAAUUCCUGGAAAACUUACAGACCUUGGAUCUCCGAGACAAUGCUCUUACAACCAUUCAUUUUAUUCCAAGCAUACCUGAUAUCUUCUUGAGUGGCAAUAAACUAGUGACUUUGUCAGAGAUCAACCUUACAGCCAACUUCAUCCACUUAUCAGAAAACAGGCUAGAAAAUCUAGAUAUUCUCUACUUUCUCCUACGGGUACCUCAUCUCCAGAUUCUCAUUUUAAAUCAAAAUCGCUUAUCCUCUUGUAGUGGAGAUCAAACCCCUUCAGAGAAUCCCAGCUUAGAACAGCUUUUCCUUGGAGAAAAUAUGUUGCAACUUGCCUGGGCAACUAAGCUCUGUUGGGAUGUUUUUGAGGGACUUUCUAAUCUUCAAGUUCUGUAUUUGAAUAAUAACUAUCUUAAUUCCCUUCCACCAGGAGUAUUUAGCCAUCUGACUGCAUUAAAGAGACUAAGCCUCAACUCCAACAGGCUGACAGUUCUUUCUCACAAUGAUUUACCUGCUAAUUUAGAGAUCCUUGACAUAUCUGGGAAUCAGCUCCUAGCUCCCGAUCCUGAUUUAUUUGUAUCACUUAGUGUCUUGGAUAUAACUCAUAACAAGUUCAUUUGUGAAUGUACACUUAGCACUUUUAUCCAUUGGCUUAAUCACACCAAUGUCACUAUAGCUGGGCCUCCUGCAGACAUACAUUGCGUGUACCCUGACUCGCUCUCUGGGGUUUCCCUCUUCUCUCUUUCCACGGAAGUUUGUGAUGAAGAGGAAGUCUUAAAGUCCCUAAAGUUCUCCCUUUUCAUUGUAUGCACUGUCACUCUGACUCUGUUCCUCAUGACCAUCCUCAUAGUCACGAAGUUCCGAGGCUUCUGUUUUAUCUGUUAUAAGACAGCCCAGAGACUGGUGUUCAAGUACCAUCCCCAGGGCACAGAACCUGAUAUGUACAAAUAUGAUGCCUAUUUGUGCUUCAGCAGCAAAGACUUCGCAUGGGUGCAGAAUGCUUUGCUCAAACACCUGGACACUCAAUACAGUGACCAAAACAGAUUUAACCUGUGCUUUGAAGAAAGAGACUUUGUCCCAGGAGAAAACCACAUUGCCAAUAUCCAGGACGCCAUCUGGAACAGUAGAAAGAUUGUUUGUCUUGUGAGCAGACACUUCCUUAGAGAUGGUUGGUGCCUUGAAGCCUUCAGUUAUGCCCAGUGCAGGUGCUUAUCUGACCUUAACAGUGCCCUCAUCAUGGUGGUGGUUGGGUCCUUGUCCCAGUACCAGUUGAUGAAACAUCAAUCCAUUAGAGGUUUUGUACAGAAACAGCAGUACUUGAGGUGGCCUGAGGAUCUCCAGGAUGUUGGCUGGUUUCUUCAUAAACUCUCUCAACAGAUACUAAAGAAAGAAAAAGAAAAGAAGAAAGACAGUAACAUUCCGUUGCGAACUGUAGCAACCAUCUCCUAAUCAAAGGAGCAAUUUCCAACCUAUCUCAAGCCACAAAUAACUCUUCACUUUGUAUUUGCACCAAGUUACCAUUUUGGGGUCCUCUCUGGAGAUUUUUUUUCUUUUUGCUACUAUGAAAACAACAUAAAUCUCUCGAUUUUCAUAUCAACACCAUGUUCUGUCUCACUAACCUCCAAAUAGAAAAUAAUAGAUCUAGAAAAUUGCAGCUGCCCUUAAAGAUUCCCAGUCUCCAUUGGUUUUCUUUCAGAUCCAAUAAUACUGUUCUGUCCUGCUGUGUUGAUUAUAGAAUGUACCCCUAAUCAUGGGAAGGACACCUUGGGAUAAGCUGCAGAUGGCUGACGUGCUUUCUCUAGCAUUCAGCUCAAAAAUGAGAUGAUUCAUGAUUCUGGGUUCUCUGUGUUCUGCAAAACAACAUUAAGUAGAAAACAAACAGAAACAGAGGCACAUUUCCUUCUUUUGCCACAGAAACAAUGCCACUGUUGAGUGCAAGUCAUGCUUUGUCUUGUAGAUAACAGGUGACCCCAAAGAAGCUGGGAUGAAUGAGUCACUCCCUCUUGUGGCUGUACUGCACUUCAUGUUCUUACCUUCAGCUUCUCCAGGUCUUGCCCAGUGAGCCAAGAACUUUCUUUCACAUGCUGCCUUUAUUUCAGCCUGGCCUUCAAGAACUUCCAUGAUUUAUCACCAACCUACCUUUUCAGCUUGAUUUCCUAGCACACCUCAUUGAUCAGCCGCUCAGGCUGUUGCAUGAAAAACACGGACUUUGCACACAGAUCCUGAGUUGAGUUCUGAGUCAGCUGUGUAUUAACUGUGUAACCUUGGCCAUGGUAUGCCCUUGCUGGGCCUACAUUUUCUCACAUAACAGCAUCUAUGUCAUAGAAUUCCUGUGAAAAUUAAAUUGGCCAAGGAUGUCAGGGCCUCUCAGAUCUUUUCCUUCAUUGCCCUAAUGACCACAAGAGCACACAUACACUGAAGGCCUUCUGGGGGCAGUCGCCAUUUCAUUGAAGUUGUACUUUUUUAUCUUAAAUGAAAUCUAAGUGUAUUUUC